GUCAGACAGACACCCACACACUCAUUCACACAAACACAGAGACAGUGAGAGAAAAGGGAAACAGAAGAGAAGAGGAAGCAAUCCAGUUUUGUUUUUUUCCACUAUUUGACACGAGACUUCAUACGUUCUUUAGAGGAGUCUGAACCUGAGAGGCCUGUAAUUUAUGGGAAUACUGCAAGCUUUACCUACACAAAGAAACAAAAAGGAAAAAUGAAGGACUUGGUGCAGUCAGUAGAACUGGGGGUGGCCCAGCGAAGUGGAGUGGAAAAAAAACGACCCAAAAUUUUGCUGAGGAGUGAACUAUCACGAGUGGGACUUGCUGAAUUCCUUUCAACAUAUGUCAUGAUGGCGUUAGGUUUGGGUUCUGUGGCCCAGGUCGUGACCAGCCAAGGAGUAUUUGGACAGUACCUCAGCAUCAACCUUGGCUUUGGGCUGGCUGUUGCAAUGGGGGUUCAGGUUGGAGGAAAUGUCUCUGGGGCCCAUAUGAAUGGAGCAGUCUCCUUCACAAUGUGUGUUUUUGGCCGCUUACCAUGGAAGAGGCUGCCCUUGUAUAUUUUUGUACAGCUAUUUGGGUCGUUUCUUGCAGCAGCAACGAUUUAUGCUAUUUAUUAUGAGGCCAUUUAUGACUAUUGUGGUGGAAACCUGACUGUAACUGGUGAAAGGGCCACCGGUGGGAUCUUUGCCACUUAUCCUGCACCAUACCUCUCCUUGAUUGGUGGCUUUGUUGACCAGGUGUUUGGCACAGCAAUGCUGCUGCUGUGCCUGAUGGCCCUAUCUGACCAAAAGAACAAACCAGGUGCCAGGGGAACUGAACCUAUUUUUGUGGGUCUCCUGGUGGUACUCAUUGGCAUCUCUUUGGGCAGCAACAGUGGUUAUGCUAUCAACCCCACCAGAGACAUCGCACCUAGGGUCUUCACAGCAAUUGCAGGCUGGGGAUCUGAUGUGUUCAGGUCUGGAAAUGGGUGGUGGUGGGUCCCACUAGUGGCUACUCCCAUUGGAGGAGUGCUGGGAGCAGGGGUGUACAAGGUAUUUGUAGAAAUGCAACACCCACGCUUCUCUGGACAGGAUAUUGACACCAGUGAGGAUGAGUCUCUCCCGCUGAAGAAAGAGCGAAACAUUUGUUCUGAUGUAUGUGUGAAACUUGAAACAAAUGGAAACAGCUAAGAGAUUGUACAGCUGUGAUGAUCUGAGGAUGCUGUUGAAACAUGCUACACAACAUUUCUGAAGCACUUUAACAAUAACUGCAGUGCAGAUAAUCAUAAACAAUUAGAUUAAUCUGUGACUUUUUUUCUGCUCUCUUAUUUAUGCAAAUUUUAAACAGGAAUUCAAAUAUUUAAAACACAUAUGAUAAAAACAGACUUUUUUAUCAUUUGUUUUAUCUAAUGUUGGGAAAUGACACUUUGGCAAGCUUGAAAGACAUAAAUAUAAGGCAAAAAAAAAAAUCAUACAGCAGUGAUCUGGGCCUGGGGUCCUUCAUGAAAUGUCAGUGUAUGCAAGGAGAAGUAAACAACUUUUGAAAAUAAAUAGAAGCAGCAGGAGCCAGCCCGUCGCAGAGUUCAAAGGGCAGCAGCACAAGGACCAAAAUACAUAAAUUCACUUGCAUACAUUUCCAUCAGUCCAAUGCACAGCAGUCAAGAGACAACAUUUUCAUUCUUGGUGUCUGAUCAGAUUUGUUUUGAUGUGAAAUGUGACAGAUGCUUUAAAAUGUUGUAAUAAAUUCAUAUACAUGUCUCUCACUUUAGUUUAUCAACAGUGAAUAAACUAACACAGAAGAGUAACAGUGUUCCUAAACAUUUAAGAAAGUGUAACAUACACAAAACUAUAGCCUGCGUCAAGAGAAAAAAUCUAACUUUCUUCUGAGGCCUGGCUUAUUGAUAGAACAAGUCUUUAUAUGCACACAUAUAUGCACACACAUUCACAUAGGGUCAUUUUGCCCCCUUCACUAUUUUGUAUUAAAUAUUUAGACUUUUCA